AUGCAUUUCUUUCAUUUAAUAUCUGGCAGCAUUAUUUGUAGGCCAAUGAGAGAAGACAAAAAUGUUCCUAUGAAUAACGACUAGGUCCCAUGAAUAUUCCUGUAUAAUAGGAAUAAAGGCUGAUGAGAAGUUGACACGUGAGGGGUUGCGCAAUAAAAAUUUUCCUCGUUUUUCUGACUUCAAGAUAAAAAAAAGCAGGUGAAAAUGUUAACUCCAGCAUUUAACUUAACUCAGAAUGAAGAGUUUCUGAUUGUCUCCAUUCAAGUUCCUUAUGCUAAGGCUGCUGAAGUUGAAGUACAUUUUGAAGAUGAUGAUUUCAGGUUUUACUCCAAACCGUAUUUUCUGAGGUUGAACUUACCAGGAAAAGUGGCAUAUAGUGAUGAAAAACCUGAUAUUCAGUAUGAUGUCGAAAAUAAGACUUUCAGAAUUUGUGCUCCGAAACUGAAACAUGGUGAAGUAUUUGAAGGCUUAGAUUUGGUCAAUAAAUUGCUAGCUCCAAAGAAAAAAAUGACAUUAGCGCCUAUGAUUGAAGUUAUUGAUGGAAUGAGUGCAGCUGAAAACAGCGAUGAAGAGUUUGAUUGGAGUAUUGAACAAAUUCCUGUAGAAGAAGAAUUUUCUAACUUGACCCUUUCUGGUGAACAGUGUGGUUUUGCUAAUUCUUAUUCAUGUGCAGUCUUUGCUUUGAAGGAAGAAACUUCUGAAAUUUUUGACAUAAAAGAUCCUCAUAAUAAAUCAUCAAAGACUCGUAGAGAAGAGAGACUAAAAAAGGAAUGUGAACAGUUUGAUGAAGAUCAUUAUAUAGCUGACUUAUAUGAAGAUGAAGAAAUCAAGCAAAUACUGAAAUUUCAUCCAGAAUGGGAGAAGCUUUGUGAUGAGUUUCAAAGUGAUGCAUCCAUUGUGGUAGAUGAAAAAAUUCAUUUUACAUCACUGGAAAAGGAAAGACUUCGAAGAUUACCAUGCAAGGAAUAUCUACUAGAUAAAUCACAAGCAAAAGUGGCAUUACUAGGUUUAAUUGAUAUCCUAUUUGCUUAUGCCUACAACAAGCGAACGACUGAGGGAGAAAAUACUGUUGAAUCUGGAUGGACGAUAAAUAAAAUAAGUGCUACUUUGUCAUGGGUAGAGUCAUUUAAUUCUGUGUAUGAAGUAGCUCACAGCUGUGUUCGAAGAUCACUGUGUUAUCCAUUGUAUCGACAUUUUGAACUCUCUAUUACUGUUUUAGAUGAUGUGCAGAAAAUACUUUUGCUAGGGAGGAAGUAUGUUAUUAAGUGCUUGUUAGAAAUUCAUGAAAUGUUUUGCUCCAGUGAACCUAGAUAUAUACUGAAUGAUCUUUACAUCAUCGAUUAUUGUGUGUGGAUGCAAAACAAAAGGUGUUCAACCAGAAAAUUGAUUCCACUUGCAAACGCAUUAGGAAAAGUACUUCUAACAAAAGGAGAUGUAGGUUUCAAUUUGGUUGAUAUAGAAAGUUUUGCUGCUGUUGCUUGGAUGGCUCAUGAAUGUUUAUUGAAGCCAGUUUCAAAUGUGCAUAAAAAGGAACCUAAUAAAGCUUCACUUGGAAUUGAUCAAGGUAAAAAAAGUGUUGAAAACAGUGCAGAUUCCAUUUGCAUGGGAUUAGAAAAAUUAACAUUCCAAAAAAAAUCAAACAGUGAAUCAAGUGAUUCUGCAUCAGAAAAUACAAAUUCAGCUUCCAGUGAGUUGUAUUCUGGAUAUGAAAGCUGCAGUUCCUGUACAUCAGACUCAAGUGAUAGCAGUUCCAAUACAUUUGAUUCAGAUACCUCGGAGGAAUCAAAUAGUGACUGCUUAGUAAGCUCUUCAGAUAGUGAUGACGAUACUGGAAGUUCAUCAGAUAGUGAUAACGACUCUCAUAGUUGUUUACUUGGAAAAGAAAGUAUUGGUGAAAGACUCAGAUGAGUCGGAAUUCUCAGUUGUAAAAAUUUUGCUGGAAGGAGCCAUGUUAACUGAUUUAAUUAGCUUAGAAUUUCAGCAUUAGCUUGCAUUUUACAAUAGAUUUUCUUGUGUAACUGUUUCUGAAUCAGUAUAUUCUGUAUUAAAAUGCAUUAUUAUUAUACAUUAUUAAUCUUGUGAUAUAAAUGAUUCUGCAUUUAUUUUUAUAGAAAUGGUAAAAAUCAACAACUUAAUGCAUGUGUGAUAGUACUUAUACUAAAACACUAACAUUAAAUAAAUGCACAAGAUAUUUUUGAGACUAAAAUGGUAAUCAGCUUUUUAAUCUGGAAGUAAAAAUUUCUUUAUUUAGAGUGUAUAAGCUAACUCCAUAUCUGUAUGUCAUAUAUUCCAGGUGUAAUAAUUUUGUAAAGAAAUUGUCAAAUUUCAAUCAAGGUAUUAAUUUCAUAUAACAAGAAUUUAUAUGAAAUUCUACAAUAAUGUUUAGAAUAAAUUCUACAAUUUUGAGAUGGCUUAUUUUCUGUGUUACUAAAAAAAUGUGCCUUAUAUUGUGUGUAAUGUAUUGUAAGCCUAAAGUUAUAUUUGGAAUAUAAAAGAAUAAAAAUGAAAUUUUAUUA